AUGGGCUCGACAGAGAAUCAGACCGACCUCACGCCGGAUUUCCGCUACAUCCCCCUCUCCUACAGCCAUGCCGACUCCCAGGCCUCAGCCCUGCGGUUGAUCCUGACCCUCAACCCCGACUGGGAGGGUCCUGGCAACAACAUUCAAUUCGUGCGCUUCACCGACGGAAUAACGAACACCCUCCUCAAAAUCAUCAACACCAAGGCAGGCCUGACGGAGGAACAAAUAGACAACGAGGCAGUACUGAUGAGGGCGUACGGAAACGGAACAGAGAUUCUCAUAGACCGCGAAAGAGAAACCAAGUCGCACGCCCUCUUAGCCAGUCGCGGUCUGGCCCCACCCCUCCUCGCCCGCUUCAAGAACGGCCUGCUAUACCGCUUCAUCCGCGGCAAGCCCUGCGGCCACCUGGAUAUAGCCUCCCCACCCAUCUGGCGCGGCGUUGCUCGCCGUCUGGCGCAGUGGCAUGCCGUCCUUCCCAGUAGCGGCGCGGCCCCAAUUAAGGACGCCGAUGCGGGGAUUGCGCAGUCCGAUGAUGAAAUCACUGUAAUCCAGCCCCGUCGUGGUGGUCCGUCUAUGUGGGCUGUUUUGCAGAAGUGGGUGCUGGCUCUGCCGAUUACUACGCCUGAGCAGCGUGCGCGUCGCUUAAGUCUGCAGAAGGAGUUGCAGUGGGUUGUUGAGCGUCUGGAUGAUGGCAAGGGAAUUGGUGAAGACGGGCUCGUUUUCUCGCACUGCGAUCUCCUCUGCGCCAACGUUAUCGUUCUUCCUAGUGAGGAUAAUGCGCCUAUUUCCGAAGACGGUAUCGCGCCGGUUAACUUUAUCGACUAUGAAUACGCUGUUCCUGCUCCUGCUGCCUUUGAUAUCUCUAACCACCUUGCUGAGUGGGGUGGUUAUGAUUGCGAUUACAACAUGAUGCCGACUAAGUCUGUGCGCCGUCAGUUCCUUACUGAAUACACCAAAAGCUACUGCCAGCAGCGUGGUCUCGAUGCUUCGUCGCAGGCCGAGAUUGUUGAUCGCUUGUAUGAGGAUGUUGACCGAUUCCGUGGUAUUCCCGGUCUCUACUGGGGUGUGUGGGCCCUCAUCCAAGCCCAGAUCUCCCAGAUCGACUUCGACUAUGCCAGCUACGCUGAGACCCGUCUUGGCGAGUACUUCGCCUGGAAGCGCGAGAUCGACGGAAGCCGCGAGCAGGCCGGCGAGGAAAUGCCCCUGCGCGAAGCUCGCUGGGCCCAAGAGGCGUAA